UUCUUCCUGUCAGCGACACAUGUAGAACAAGCAGCUAACGGGACUCAGAGCAGAGCAGAGGACCGUCACUUUACUGCCUCCCCGCCUGCCUCCGUCCUUCUGUUUUUUCCCCCUCAAUCUCUUCUUUUUUUGCUCAAACAGCGAACUUUCUCGGCUCCGGAGGAAAUUAGCGGCAUGCGCAAUCCCCAAACUGCAAUGGACUCCUUUUGUUCGAGCGAAAUAAAAGCGGCGGCAGCAGUGAAACGCGGAUCAUCCAGUGGAAAUACUAUCUGAUAACUCCAUUUGCUGUGCGCAGAGAACAGCCGAGCGGAGGGAUCGCUGGAGGCCGACGGAGCGCCGCGGUGCGUCCGCCUUCUACCUGCACUUUGUGGGACUGUUGCAGCUACCUGUCCGCCCGCUGCUCCUCCACCUCCCGAAGCCGACAACUUUACAGCCAUUACACUCAAAAACCACAAGCGAGGGACGAUGGUGAAUCCCGGAGGCAGCAGCCAGCCACCGCCGGUGGGGACGGGCUCUCUGUCCUGGAAGCGUUGCGCCGGCUGCGGUGGCAAAAUCGCAGACCGUUUCCUCCUUUACACCAUGGACAGCUACUGGCACAGCCGAUGCCUGAAGUGCUCCUGCUGCCAGGCCCAGCUGGGCGAAAUCGGCACGUCGUGCUACACAAAAAGCGGCAUGAUCCUGUGCAGAACCGAUUACAUCAGAUUAUUUGGAAACAGUGGAGCUUGCAGCGCUUGUGGUCAGUCGAUUCCAGCCAGUGAACUGGUGAUGAGGGCGCAGGGCAACGUGUACCAUCUCAAGUGUUUCACAUGUUCCACCUGCCGGAACCGGCUCGUCCCUGGGGAUCGGUUCCACUACAUCAACGGCAGCCUGUUCUGCGAACACGACAGACCCACAGCGCUCAUCAAUGGCCAUUUGAGUUCACUGCAGACGAACCCACUACUGCCCGACCAGAAGGUGUGUUAGACGGGAGCCGUGCAGGAAGCAGGAUGUGUGCUUCAUUUUAGCCCUUACUCAUUGUCACCUGAGACAGCGUGGAUCAGCAGCACCCCGGCCUUUUUAUGUGCUCCCAGGCCUUUCGCCCUAAAGGAAUCCUCUACCCAUCUCCCCCAGUAACCUGACUUUUAUUUCUGCAACCAUACCCACGCUCAGCCUUCAAACCUUGGCUUUUCCCCACGUAUGGGUGGAUACUUGCACUUAACGCACCUGAUUCGGGACGCUGAGGACUCUGUGACCUUGGGAUAAAAAUUUUAAAAAAGAAAAGAAAAAAAAAGGAGA